AUGGAUAGAGAUGGAUACGAGUCACAGGUGGACACAGAGACAACACACCUAAAGGAAGCCGUGGAAACCCUUCGGAAGGACCUGGAGACCGCACGUGACCAACUGGGCUACCAGACCCUGAAGACGGCCACAAUCGCUGAGGACAGGGACAUUAUUUUGCGACACCAGGCGGUCUGUUUUGCGGCAGAGCGCGCCAAAUACGAGGAGUUGUUGGCGGAACUCGGGACUCGGCUCAGCCUUACCGUUACCAUGGAGACGGAAAUACAACUGUUACAGAAAAGAGUCCAAGAGCUGGAGCGAGGUCAGACUCUGGGUCUGUUGAAGAUGUUUGAGAAGACGAAGAAGUCGGACGAGGAGAAAACAGCGCAACCGAAGGGUGACGCAAAGGAUGCUGGGAGACUCCCAUGGGAUGACGUCAUCCGCCCGAAGGUUAUCAAGUCAGGAACUGUCAUUCUGCAGGAGGCCAGAGAGAGGGUGUCAAACGGAUCUCCCUCCACGACUGACGUGAGAAAGGCACGCUCCUCCCCUGGCGGGUCCUGUAACGUCACCUGGCCGGCUUCAGAGGGCGACACGGAACAGCCCGACUCCCCAGUCAAACCCACUGACAGGACAAUGGAUCAUGUACUUGUAUAG